AGUUAUACAUCUUCAUUGUAAGUGACAUGAAUACAUGGCGCUUCAGUGAACAUUAGAUUGCAGUUUUAUCCAAGGUCAAUUUGUAUUACAUAAAGAAGGAUUUUCAAAAUGGCAGGUUAUUUUAUAGUGGAUGUUAAAACCAGAAAAAUUGUCAUCGUUUGUGUAGUAGUAACGGUUGUCCUUUUUAUAAUCGGAAUUAUAAUUGGCUAUUUUUCCGGCCGAGGAUCUAGUUCAACCACUGUUGUAACGCCUGAACAAAGCGUCGCUGAAGCAAUAAAGUCUUCGUGCAGUGACGUGACGAUAGACACACCGUCUGGGAAGCUGUUCCUCGACCGGUACGUUGAGCGGCAUAGCGAGAAGAAUAUUUGUCUAAAAUCCCCAGUGGACUGUUGGGACUUCGGGCUGCCAAGAAAUUACAUCGCUUACCAUUUAAAUAACAAAUCCAUCAAAAUAGACGGAAAACUAGAUGACGAGGCCUGGAAUGAGGUUCCAUGGAGUGAAGAUUUUGUAGACAUGCGCAGUACUGUAUACCCUAAACCUUACUUAAACACAAAAUUCAAAAUGCGAUGGGACAAUGACAGAAUGUAUGUCGGUGCAUAUAUCGAGGAGAAGAAUCUUUGGGCAACACUUGAUGCACAUGACUCGCCAAUAUGGAAAGAGAAUGGUUUUGAACUUCUAAUGGAUGUAGAUGGCUCCAUGUUCAAUUACAAACAGAUUCAAAUUAACGUACUGGGUACGAUGAUGGACCAAAUGUUAUACAAAUCACCAUGGGAUGCCCCAAAUAUCACUAUAAGAUCUAAAGAAUGGCAUCCGGACGCUAAAAAAGAAGUUCAUGCAGAAGGAACGAUAAAUACGCCAGGUGACGAAGACAAAUACUGGGGUGUUGAGAUGUCAUUUUCGUUUGCAAAUCUAGCGAAAAAUUCACAGCGUGUGCAACCAGUGCCAAGUGAAAAUGAGGUUUGGUUUUUACAGUUCGGAAGGUCGGAACAAAACCUGACUGUCGUGGAUGGCAAGUACAAGAAAGUUCCAAAAUCAAAGCCUGCCUGGUGGUCUUGGGGUCCAUGUUAUGCCAUAAAUUUACAUUUACAAGACCGCUGGGGUCUUGUUCAGUUUAAGAAAAAUAUGAACGAUAAGAAAUUCAGGUUUGGGAAAUGGCAUAUUUACAAAUCACUGUUUGAUAUGAUGGAUGCAAUGAAAAAAUAUAAAGCUAUCAACGGGAAAUACACAACGGCAAUAGAAGAACUUGAUGUCCCUCCUUAUUUGCUUUCACGUACGUGUGUUGAAAUUCCAAAAAUCAAACUUUUUAGUCGAGAAAACGAAACAAUAUUUGAUGUCGCCACUAAUCCUGUGUCAGAUUUUGAUGUAACAGUUCAAUCCAUGUUUUUAUCUCAUAAACCAGCUCACAUACGAUCAGACCGAUAUGUAACUUUUAAAUGAUAGGAACUUCGCCUUUAAUCGGAGAUAUAUGUAAAUAACAUAUCAAGUUUGUACCCCGUUCAAAUAACAAACGCUUGUGCAUGUAUAGUUGAAAAGUGGUAUGAACCUAUUUGUUAAGAUCGGCAUAGCAGUUUUACAUAUGUAGGAAUUUUGCUAUUUGGUCAAGUAACAUCAACUUUUAGUAAUUUAAAGUUACAAACCCUUCCUUAGUUUUAUGUAUACAGAAUGUAAAAUUAAUAUGCCUGUAUGUUUAAUAUCUGUUUUAUUAUAUUGAACGUAAAACAAGCUUCUAAUUUACAAGUCGCAAACAUGUGUCUCCAAGCUGGCCUAACAUAAUUACAUUUUUAUCUGUUGUCGAAAGAAAAUACUGUGGUGGUAGCAUGUUUUUAAAAGAAAACACAUCCAGAGCCUGGUCAUCAUAUUUUCUAAAAUAAGAAACAUCUACAAAAAAGCGGAAGUCCGUAUGAAAAUUUUGGAAAAUGUACUGUGUUCCUGUUUGACCGUCUAGGCUUUUACGUCGCAUACAUGGAAAGUCGAAAUCACAAACUAUGAUCAUGGUGGAAGUGGAAAUCAGAAAGGCGAAGACUUGAAACAACAGUACGAAACCACGAUGAUGGAAACGCAGUCUAACUCCCAGAUUUCACCGUCGUGACGCCGUCUUUUCAUCAUCGUUAUUUUGACUUUCGCCGUCGUAAUCUUGACUUUCACUACUUUCACCAUCGAUUUUUUUCAUCGUCAUUUCGACUUUCAUCUUCGUAGUGUCUGAUCCCACUCUCGUCAGCCACAUUUGAGCAAAGUUUUAUGAUAUUUUUCAUUUUUUGAAAAUCCAGUUAGAGAUUUAUUUAAGCAAAAAGGUAAAAAAUUCAUAGAGUUAGAUCCCUAUUAGAAAUGUAUGUUUAUCAUUUUUAUGAAAUUUUGUAAUUACUCCCUUAUUAUACAAACAAAUGUAUUAAAAAGUGGUCUACUGCA